AAUAAACUACGAUUUUUUUUAUUAUAUAAAAUACGUAUAAAUAUAUAAAGUGGCAUUAAUAUCUGCUUGAUAAUAUUAUCAAGCAGAGAGGAUUUAAAGGAGAGGAUCGUAUAACAUAACAUACAUAGUGUCUCAUAAUAUUCCGAUAGUUUCUAUGAUGUACUGAUAUUAUAAUGUACACAUCUCAGAACUCCGACACUCUGUAGAGUGUGUAGUGCGUAUAGUGUAAUGAAAAAUAAUAAUCAUCAUUAUUAUCAUCGAAAUUAAAAAUAUGCACCGUAGGUAUAAUAUACUAUACAAUGAGUGUAAUCUAUACACGUUUAUUUUUUUUGUACUAGGUUAUUAUUUUCUAUACAUUUUUGAAAAUAUAAUAUUUAUUAAUUGUCUAUAUUACAAAUACUCCACGAGUAGGUAAUAUAUAUUAUAAAUGUUUUUUAAUUAUAUUUGUAUUUAUACAUUAUGUUAUUUUUAAUAUGUCAUCGGUGUGGUUCUAAGGAAUAAAACAUGCAUUUAAUUACGUCAACUUUAAGUACAAUUUUCAAUUUUUACAUUCCACGUGAUUCAGGUUUAUCGAUGGAUUCUGUAUCACAUUGUAUUGUAUACAACUCGAUUUAAAAAUAAGUGGCCACAGCCAUGGCAUCCGUCUAGCUUGGUUUUUUCACGUUGCAAAGCUGAAGUAGCGUGGAAUAAAAAAUCAAAACCAGAGUACAAUCCAUAUGGAAAAUAUUGGCUUAAAUUAUUUUACAUGGGAAAGUUUCGUAUGAUAGGCGUCAGCGAUCAUUUACCAAUAAGUGCCGACGGACGCAUUUUAUUACCUCUAUGCGAAGACAGCAAAGUUCUUUGGUUACCAUUACUUGUCAAAGGACUGUUACGUAUUUACUCUCUGGCCGACGAUUUUGAUCAAUUCAAUACAAUAACAUGUCUUACUGGAUGGUCUUGUAUUCAAAAAAAUUGCCAACUCGUUUCAAAAGAAAAUAUAUGGUCAUCGAUUGUAUCUCACUCGUCAAAUGCAGUUUUGGAUAAUAUUGGACAAUUAGAUUCAGACAGCAAAUCGAAAAAUAAAAAAAACUCUAAACAUAAAGAUUGUUAUGAGGUAACGACUACCACGGGUACUCAAUGCCACCACGACGAAUUUAUGUCAAUGUAUGGAUCAAAUCCCCCCAACUCAAUAGUUGUUGGAUUUAUAGUGUCACCAACUAUCUAUAAAGAUAAUAAAUCUAAUCCAUUAAGUCGAUACUCACAACCACUGUUUUUGAAUCAAGCCAAGAUGAUAAAGAAUAAAUCAUUACCAACUUGGAAAAAAUAUCGAUGGGCGAAAUGGGCAACUGACAAUAAUUUAAUCAGAAAACAUGGUAUACCUAUGUAAUUAAUAUUGUAUAAUUGUUAGUAGCUUAUAUUUUAUAGU